AUGUCCCCUUCAUUUGACGAUUCUACUAUUUCUAUAUCACGCGCCGCCACCAUAACCACCGCCAUCGCUGCGUCAAAGCGCCGGAAACUCCUCGUUGAUCAUCACCUGCCCAUGAUACCUGGUCUACCUGAUCAUAUUGCCCAACUAUGUCUUUCUCGUGUUCAUCCCUCCAUCCUCUACUCCGUUUGCCGUUCAUGGCGGCAGUUCAUCUACUCCGCCACUUUCCCGCCGUUUCACUCUCUUUACACUCUUUCAACUACCACCCCCACCGAUUCAUCAGGUCAAAAUUCGACGCUACAGCUCUCUUCCUUUGAUCCGAUCUCUUCUCAAUGGAGUGUUGUUACUCCAACACCCUAUCUACGCAACGUCUGCCUCCGCCACCCAUCAUUCAUCGCCCGUAAUUUACUCAUCCAGUCCGUUUCAGUCGCCGGCAACCUCGUCCUACUUGCCGGAACCUCCAGCGACCUUCUCCCCGCUUUUUCGCAUCCUAUAAUCUUUAACCCACUAACGAAGAAAUGGUCUUCUGGACCUCCACUUUUAAGCCCACGCCGUUGGUGCCUUGCUGGAACCUCACGCGCCGCCGUAUUUGUCGCGAGUGGGAUUGGUUCACACUACACCCAAACUGUCGCUCGCUCCGUCGAGAAAUGGAUAUUCCGGGAAACUGAUUCUUUUGAUAGUAAACGUAAAGAUUCAAACUGCGUUUGGAAAAAUAUGCGAUCUUUAAGAGAUGGAAGGCUAUGCAGGGAAGCCAUUGAUGCCGUUGGAUGCAAAGGGAAGCUUUAUACGAUAAACAUGAAAGGCUCGUGUGGUAAAGAAGGAUUGGUUUAUGAUGUAAAUUGCGAUAGCUGGUCAGAGAUGCCGGCGGGGAUGUUGGAUGGCUGGAGGGGGCCAGCGGCGGCGAUGGAUGAGGAGACAAUUUACAUGGUGGAUGAAUCAGAAGGUGUACUGAAAAAGUACGACGAAGCAAUGGAAGUGUGGAUAAAUGUUUUGGAGGAUGACAUGCUAAAAGGGGCGGAGCGCAUUGCCGCCGGUGGUGGUAGGGUAUGCAUUGUGCGUAGUGGCGGUGUUGGGAUUUUGGCGGUGGAUGUGGUCUCAUCUCUACCACGGUUGUGGGUUUUGGAUUCACCGCCGGGACAACAAGUGUUGGCACUUCAUAUUCUGCCUAGAAUGUGUCCGAAGGAGUUCCAAUCGCCGGUGGCGUUUUAG